AUGGAUGCAUGCCUUCUUGCAAGCAGCCUCGGUGUUCCAUUCACUGAAGUUGCUAAUGCAAAGACGAGCAGGUUUAUAUUUAUAAUGUGUAUGGAUGGCUCACCGGCUGGCUACUAUUACUCGGCCGGGUCUGGAGACGGGGCCAAGAAUUGGCUCCUUUUUCUCAUGGGAGGUGGAUGGUGUGAUAACGUUGAUGAUUGCCAAAGCAAACUGAAUCAAUCUUUUGGCAGUAGCAAAUUCAUGCCUUUUACAAAAUUCUCUGAGAUUCUUAGCCCAGACUGCCAAAUCAACCCGGAUUUCUAUAAUUGGAAUAGGAUUUUCGUGGCCUAUUGUGACCAAUCAUCAUUCCUCGGUGACACCGAGUUUGAUGGCCAAGCUAUUCUUUCCGGUAUAUCGGCAAGGGGGUGAGAGGAAGGGAUUUUGCACGCGUGUCGUAGGCGCGUGUUCUUCCUAUUCAACAAUACUUAUACGUUCCCACUUCCCAAAAUACUAUUAAUU